AUGGCUAAAAGUAGGGGUGUUUAUUUGGAUUAUUUGAUAUCGGGUCAGGUGAUCAUUGAAGAAGAUGUAGUUACUAAUACGACCAAGUUCAAGUAUUUAGGUUCCAUUAUCCAGAGUAAUGGGGAGAUUGAUGGAGAUGUAACACACCAUAUACGAGUGGGUUGGCUUAAAUGGCGAGCGGCCACCGAAGUGUUAUGUGAUAAGAAGUUCCCGACUAAGCUGAAAGGUAAUUUCUACAAAGUUUCCAUUAGGCCAGCAUUAUUGUAUGGGUCAGAGUUGUGGCUCGUAAAGAAGAUCCACGAACAAAAGAUGGAAGUAGCAAAGAUAUGA